ACACUAAAUUUCAAAUGUACAUAAAAGACAGCAAACAGCUAACUUGAUGCAGCUACAAAAUUAGAAGAAGAAAAUUAGACUGCAUCUUAACUGAGAUCCCUCCACCCCACUUACCUACACACUGUAGCAAGCUGGGGAAUCUGCCAUGAACAUGGCACCAGAAGAUAUCUUGAUGUCAAAAUCUGGUAGAAAGAAACAUUUCAGUUUCUCUCCCUUCAGGAGCAGGCGGCAGACAGCAAAUGACAGGAGAUUCUGCAUCAUGUGGAUCAACAGGAUGGUGAAUAAGCAGAUGGAGAAGCGCAUGUCUGUCCUGCAUUCAGAAAUCCUUCUCAUGAAUGAUUCUCUGAGAGAGGAGAUGAGGGCUGAGCUUCAGGAGCAGCUGAGAGAGCUGUCUGUGGUGAAAACAACAGGAGAGAGAGCCCUACAUCACACCAAGCUGGACCAAGAGCUGAGGACGACAUCAAAACAGUUCAAAAAAAUGGAUGAAUGUAAGAAGAAUGCUGAGGAGGAAGAAGGUGAAGCAAAAUCUCAGGACACGGAGACAUUAAUCACUAACUUUUCUGAAACACCGUCUGUUAUAAACAGCUCCUUCAUAAAGAGGAAACAUCUAAAACAUGAGGAGAGCUCAAAGAUUGUGUCAGAUGGCUUCCAUGACAAUGACAGCUAUGCUGACACCAGUGGUGUCUCCAAUGCUGUUUACAGCAGCUUAGCCCCUCCUAAAUAUGAGCGACAGGAAUACCAAAGAAUUUCACUGGCCAGCCAGCUGAUGAAGGAAUCACAGGAGGAAAGACCCUCAAGCAGUGAAAAAGAGGGAGGGGCAGAGCCUCCUGCAAAAGAGAAACAAACGAAGCAAGACGCAAAAGGAAUGGACACUCUGACGAAAAUUAAGAGAUCUCUCCAUUACCUUUUCAAUCCUCAUUUGUCUUCUAAAUGGGAGAUAUUAGAGGAUGAGGACUGAUCAUUUAUCUUUACAGAUAGAUUUUGAGUCAUACCAUGUUAAAAUCUGUAAAUAAAACAUUGUGCACAACAGCUACAAUCUCCACCUUUAACAGACUGACAAA